GGUGACUUAGAUUAAAAGGGAUUUUCGAUAGGUGGAUGCGAAACCGAAACAGGGAAUAAUUGGUACUCCAUCUGCAAAAGAAUAUUUACAGACAUUAUUGGCAUCAUGCUCUUAAGGAAUAUCUGUGUUUUUCUAAUGCCCGUAUUUGCAACUUUAGUAUUUGCUAAUAAUAGGGAAACUGUCAUAGGAUGUAUAGCUGGCAAUGUUACCAUGAAGUUUAAACCUGCAUUGUUAGCUGGCAAAGAGGUGAAGACCUACGUAUGGAACAAGGUCCGGGGCGUACAAAAAGAUCCAAGCUUUGCCAAGUUUGAACCUAGCGUUUCAUCAGAGCUUGAGACAUAUUAUAAAGAAGAGCAUCAGAUUCAGAAUCGAUUAAUCCAUUAUCCCAAAGAGCCUGCUACCUUAUACCUCACAGAUUUAAGAAAGAGUGAUCAACAACAAUACACCCUAGUUAUCAGCUAUGUUAGUUAUGUUGGAACGCCCACAGAAUGGAUCAUAGACCUAGUAGUUAAAGAUGUUUGUUUUGAAAAACCCAAAGAAGUGGGAAAGUGUGCAGUUACAACAUGUUAUACAGGAGACAAGGGGAUACUGAAGAUCCCUGGUAGCGAUGAUCAGGCUGUGAAUAAAUCCAAACUGGUGAAGGCCUGUGAUGACAAGACUUCAGGCAACUAUUCAUGCUGUAAUGCUGCAGGAGAAUGUCUUGUUCAACUCUUACAAAAAUCCAUGGGGGAUAACAUGCCGUCUGAUGGUCCAUCAGGUAACACUGGUGCGAUAGUGGGAGGCGUGGUAGGUGCGUUAGCAGUGAUUGCAGCAGUGGUAGCAGUGGUAUUCAUCAAAAAUCGGAGAGAAGGACAUCAAGUUCCCGGUGGUGAAAAUCAGGAUGAGCAAAAGGUUCCUCUCUAAUGAUUGGGUCGGUAUCUUAGCCCAUCUAGGGCCCAUUGUCACAGUGAUAAAACUUGCUGAAGACCAUUACAACUGCAAUAGAAAUUUCGAUGCUGAAAAAUGUAACUUUAGGAUGUUGUAGACUGAGACGACUUCCUGGUUACAACUACUUCUACAUAAGUGCCAUCAAGUCCACUUGUAUGUAUCUGAGGACUCUUAUGAAUAAGUGUUUGGAAUUGUAUUUUUUGUUGAAACUUCCUAUUAAUAAUUAGGACACUUAUGUAAAAUAUAGAAGGAUGCAGUUGGGUUUUUUUUGGCGAAGAGGAAGGAGUAUAAAAUGUAUUUUAUUAUCAAUAAAUAGGCAUUUAGAUAGGAAGUUGUCCAAACAAUACAUGUAUCAUAAACUUUCAGAAAGGGGAUGUUUAAAAUGAGACAUUUAAGUCAAGCGAAACUAAAACAUUACAGGCUCAUCCACUGGAAAUAUUUUAACGUUGACAAUUUAUCCACAAAAAUUCGCACCUUCAAAUUUAAUGAUUCCACAGAUACCAUAAUGAUUGUGCGGCUCUCAAAGCUGCAUGCUUUUUUUUUUAAAGAGAUUUUACAGUACAUGGUUAACACAAAUGUUCUUGAUUUGAUGUAGAAUCUAAUUUUUAUGAUACAAAUAUCUGUUAUGUACCUCUGUGAGAGAUUUAUGUGCUUGCCAUUCAUACCGUAUAAUGGGUAUUUUCUGCGACUCGAAAUUUUUGUGGUUUAGACCCUAAAAGAUAUCAAAUUAUAUUCUGUGUUUGCAAUUUCUGCGAUAACAUUAGACAGCAAAACAUAAAUUUUAUCAUAGUUGAUUUUAUACAUUGUAUCAAAUUUUGAAUCCGUCUUUCAUGCGCUUUACGGAACUCCACUUGGAGUAUUACCAUCAUUACCGAGUGUAAUAAAGGUGUUAAUUUCCCAUUACGUAAACAGCCACCUGUUGGCUCUAGCUGCAGUAAUUGUCACAUGGUCAACGCUUAUCUAACGAUAUCCGGUAAAGCACAUAUUUGUCUCAUCAUUGUGCACAAAAAUUUUACAAAAUUAUUUAUCAAUAUCUAUAAAUUAUCCUAUAAUUAUGCUAUAAUUGUCUAGGAAGACUGUUGUUAAUCAUGGGUAAUAACCGAAUACAGACUGUUAAGUAACAUAUUAACCACGUUAACGGUAGCAACCGGUAGAGACAGCAAUCAUUGCAUUAUAACAAGUGUACAUAAUUUAAGAAUAUUUGCAAUUUUAAUUUCUGCAGAUUUGUAAUAUUCGCAAAAUACCACAGAAAAUAAACAGCCACAAAAAAUACCCAUGAUACAGUAUAUAGUCUGUGCACUCUCAGUGCCUUGCACCAUUAUUUUAUAAUUUUGGGGAAGAAUUUUAUUUGUUAAUUAAGUGACUGCUUCAUUAAUAGUUGGAGCAUUAAUGCUAAUUUAGUGUACAGAAUACUAAUAAAGUAUAUAAGUCCAACAUUAAAAUUUUAUUAAUGGAUGAAGAUUUGCCAAUUUUAAAGGUUUUAGAAGAAUAGUUUUAUGUCAAAAAGAAACAAGCAGAGAUGUAAAAACUUAGAUCAAAGUCUGGACUAUUUGUAUUUGUUUUUUUACCGUAAUACUAGUAUUAAGCAGAUGCCGGAUUUUUUAAUACCUGUCUUAUUUUUACAUAAGUAUGUUGAAUGUACUGAGCAAGCAAGUGUAAACGUAAUAUGCUUCUAGUAUUUUUUAUGCUAUGAGUUUAUUUUACAUGUUUGGUAUGUUUAAUAUAUACACAUUUACAUUAUGUAUUGUAAUAGACUGUAGAGUAUCUUCCAAUAAAUUGUCCUGUAAAUUCUGAUAAUGUAGCAUAAUAACAAGGAAGACUUUGUAACUUCUCUUCAUGCAAUAUAGCCAAGGCUAUGUCAACACUGGAUCUCUUUUUGAACUUCAAUCUAUUUGCAAUUCAGCAAAAUCACCCUAUUUUGAUAGAGUAUCUUAAACCUAUAACAACAAAACAGCAUUCAAAUGCUCAGAACUUUUAUUGAACUGAUUUUUUAUUGAAGAAACAUCACACUGUCAUGUUCGAUUGAAUACUUUUAGUGCCUCCCUCUCCAAUCCUAAAUAGCUAAUUCAAGUGGCCACAUUAAGACAAAUCAUUCGAUCUUUGUGCUGAUCUGAUGAACAGUAAUAUGCUGGUUCAUGUAAUUCAUGGCCAUUGGAUAAAAGGUUAAGGAGGACAAUGUCGUAACAGGUCACAAGGUCAUUGUGUCACACAGUAAGUCAUUGAUCAACUAAUUAGGAUGGCUUAUUGGUGGUUUUGCAUGCAUGUCUUUUUUUUUUUUUUAAUUUAGGUUAAAAUGCAAAACUAUUAUAUUUGAUGUAUUUUUUGUUAUAGGAUGUAUUUUUCUGUUCCAGUUUUACACUGUGUGUGCACGAUAGUGUUGUUUGCAUAAUCUUUUGUUUAUUGCAUUUUUAAUGAAUUUAUACAUGUCACACAUACAUGUACCUAGUGCAAGAGAAAUUUUAUUCAACCAUUUUUCAUUACCAGUAUAUUUAGUAUUAUAUGUCAUAAUUUGAAUGUUUGAUCAGGAAUAGAACUUGCUUUCAUGAAUGUUGUUCCAUCUUCGUUUGUAAAACGUUCGCAUAAUUAUGUAAAAUGAAAAGGCUGUUAACUAAAGACUACGGUAACCUUCACUGGAUAGUCAUGCAGACUUCCAAAAUACUAAUAAUUGAAAUUGAAGAAGAGCAAUAACUGAAUUAAACCAUCAGCUGCUAUCUUAAUGCAUUUUUGGAAAAAUUAAAACUUUAAUUACCGUAACAUGAAAUAGUAUAAUCGGGGCAGUUUGUCAAUGUAUUUCAUAUUUGAAAAAUUUUCUUCAGCAAUCUAUGUUUUUUUAAAAGUAAGGUUGGUAGAUAUAUUCAGAUAUCGAUCAUCUGUCCUCUUUUGUGUUGACAACAAAAUCAUUCAACACUAUAACUCGAUUUUCUUCUAAUGAUUUUUGUAGAGAUUAGUCUGUAUAAAUUGUUCUUCGUUGUGACUUGUAUGCAUACAUUAUUAAUAUGUAUUAUUAUGUAUUUUACUUUUCAUUAAUUAUAAUUACAGUUUGUGCAUUUUAGUAAACGGUUUAUCCCUUCUUCUGGACUCCUGGACAAAUGAAAAGGUCAUACAUAUGUCAUAAUUUCAUUUGUUCAAGCAAUUUUUGUAUCACUUGACAAAAAUAAAAUGUUAUUAUGCUUCAUUCAAAGGUUUUAAAUAGCUUAUAUCCAAAAUAUGACCAGAAGAGACUAAAAUGUCAUCAGCAAUUGAUAAUUCUUGAUAUCACUUACCGGUAAUAUUUUGAAAAUUACAAUUUGUAUUUUAACUAAAUUUUUGACACUGGAUGUUGCAGCUCAAAAAUGCUUUGAUUUUCAUUUCAAUUAUUAGAACAUUAUCAAGUCAAUCAUAAAAUGAGCUCCGUUUCACUGAACAAAUGCUGAAGAAAGGAUUAAAGCUGAACACCACUUGUAAAAGGCAAUGUCCACCAUAUUUUUCAUCCAUUGCCACUAUCUCUACAACCUCUAUAUAACCUGAAGACCUCUUAGCAGUUCAAAGAAUUUCGCUGUAAAGGUCUCAUCUGUGUGGACGUAUAUUUUGUCUGGCCGUCUUACUCUGUCGUGAUGAAAUUGUCAAAUUUUUCAACGCAAGAGUAUACUACCUGCAACAUCAUUCAAAUAAUCAGAUUAUUCAAUGCAUUUUUUACAAACAUAAUAUGCACAUAAUGCAAUGAACAAGUGUACAAAUUCUCAGACCACAAAUGGAAUGUCGGCCUUGAGUUUUAGGAGUGUAACCAAAUCAAAGGGUUUUUAUACCUAUAUUAUAUAAGUGUGGUGUUCAGUUUUAAUCUGGGGUCCAGAAAAAGAUGCACAACUUAUUCAAAUUAUUAACAGUAUUUUUAUUUUCUUUUUAGCAGCAUUAUACCAUUAUGUCAGUGCUGACAUUUUAAUGGCAGCAAUGUGUUAUGUUCUUUGCUGAGUAUCAAGUGUGCCUAAUGUUCUGAGUUAUCAUCAAUAAAAAAAUUUAGUUACA